UAGCAUAUGCUCACACAGUGACGUUUUUUUUUGUUGUUGUUGUUGUUUUUUUUUUUAACAGAUACCAACGUCUAGCACUUUCCAACUCAUAACUCGCCUGCGAUCGGAUCCUUUCAGCAAACUUCACAUCUCUUAAGCAAAUCUUUACAUUUCUGAACAUCUCUAUUCGCCUUUUUAACAUCUUUACCACUAAUCUGAGCAUUUUCCCACACGAAUAUCAUCUUCUGAAGAAAUGCCAGAUUACACAAGCGGUGAUUCGUCCAACUCUGGACCUGGACCGUGGAUUGAGGCUGGUGACGUCCAGCACUUUGUCCCUGACCCCCAUGUGUACCCCCAGAAACAUGACUUGACCCCCAGCACUCAGGGCCAGGCGUAUUACAGCCUGCCUGCCCAGCCGUAUUACACAAGUAAGGAUUCGUCCAACUCUGGACCGUGGGUUGAGGCUGGUGACGUCCAACACGUUGUCCCUGCGCCCCACGUGUACCACCAGGAACAGGACUUCACCCCCAUCACUCAGGUCCAGGCGUAUUACAGCCUGCCUGCCCAGCCACAGCCGUAUUAUGCAAGUUGGGAUUCGUCGAGCUCUGGACCGUGGGUUGAGGCUGAUGAUGUCCAGCACCUUGUCCCUGCCCCCAGUGUGUACAACCAGGAACAGGACUUCACCCCCAUCACUCUGGGCCAUGUGUAUUACAGCCUGCCUGCCCAGCCGUAUUACACAAGUAAGGAUUCGUCCAACUCUGGACCGUGGGUUGAGGCUGGUGACGUCCAACACGUUGUCCCUGCGCCCCACGUGUACCACCAGGAACAGGACUUCACCCCCAUCACUCAGGUCCAGGCGUAUUACAGCCUGCCUGCCCAGCUGUAUUACCCCAGCUGGGACACUUUCUCCUGCUCUGGGCCGUUGGUUGAAGCUGGUGACCUGCCACACCCUAUCCCAUCCUCCCACGUGUACCACCAGGAGCAGAUAUUCACUCCCAGCACUCAGGAAUAUCUGGGGACCUAGUAGAAGACAUCAGGGCCACAGAUCCAUAGACCAAGUCCCUACGGAGUUAUAAUGGACUUUUAAAUAAGGAUUUUUAUAUAUAUAUAUA